GGUGCAGCAGCGGCCAUCACUUACUCGAGCAGCAGUUCGCCCCGGCGGUACAAGCCCCUCCUGCCUUACAGUUCACCUCUCCCGUCUCUCUCAGGGCCCCCGAAGAGCAACAUGGCGAGCUACCACAAGCCGGACGAGAAAGCCCUGCAGGGGCUGAAAGACGUCGCCAACAAGCUCCGGAUCCACUCCAUCAAAGAGACGUGCGCGUCAAACUCCGGACAUCCGACCUCAUGCUGCAGUGCAGCAGAGCUCAUGUCUGUGCUGUUCUUCCACACCAUGCGUUACAAAGCUGACGACCCUCGCAACCAAUGUAACGACCGCUUCAUCUUGUCAAAGGGUCACGCUGCACCCGUCCUGUACGCUGCCUGGGUGGAGGCCGGCUACGUAAAGGAGUCUGAGCUACUCAACCUGCGCAAGAUUGACUGUGACCUGGAGGGACAUCCCACACCUAAACUGGCUUUUGUCGAUGUAGCAACGGGGUCUUUGGGACAGGGUCUUGGUGCUGCUUGUGGGAUGGCCUACACCGGUAAAAACUUUGACAAAUCCAGCUACCGUGUGUACUGCCUGUUGGGUGACGGGGAAUGUUCAGAGGGUUCGGUGUGGGAGGCCAUGGCCUUUGCUUCCUACUACCAUUUGGACAACCUGGUGGCCAUCAUGGAUGUGAACCGGCUGGGCCAGAGCGAGCCCGCCCCCCUGCAGCACGACAUGGAAACCUACCGCAAGCGCUGCGAAGCUUUCGGGUGGAACACGUACGUUGUGGACGGCCAUGACAUCGAGGAGCUGUGCAAAGCUUUCUGGCAGGCUCAGCAGGUCAAGGGCAAGCCUACCUGCAUCGUUGCAAAGACCUUCAAGGGGAAAGGACUCAAAAACAUCGAGGACUGUGAAAACUGGCACGGCAAGCCCAUUCCUAAGGACCGUGUGGAUGACCUCCUGAAUGACCUUCAGUCUCAGAUCCAGGUUCCCAAUAAGAUGCUUAUUCCCGAGUUGCCCAACGAGGACACGCCGGCUGCGGACCUCAGCCCCAUCUCCCUGCCUGCACCCCCAGCUUACAACAAAGGAGACAAGAUGUCGACGAGGCGUGCGUACGGUGUGGCUCUUGCUAAACUGGGCCAGGCUAGCCCGAGGGUGGUGGCCCUGGAUGGAGACACCAAGAACUCCACCUUCUCUGAGACCUUCAAGAAGGCCUUCCCCGACCGCUACAUCGAGUGUUUCAUCGCUGAACAGAACAUGGUGGGUGUUGCUAUUGGCUGUGCCACCCGUGACCGCACAGUUGCAUUUGCCAGUACCUUUGCAGCCUUCUUUUCAAGAGCCUACGACCAGAUCCGCAUGGGGGCCAUCUCCCAGUCCAACGUCAACCUGGUAGGCUCCCACUGUGGCGUCUCCAUCGGCGAGGACGGCCCCUCUCAGAUGGCCCUGGAGGACCUGGCCAUGUUCCGCGCGAUCCCAACAUGCACCCUCUUCUACCCAAGCGACGCAGUGUCCACAGAGAGGGCGGUGGAGCUGGCGGCCAACACCAAGGGAAUCUGUUUCAUCCGUACCAGCAGACCAGACACCAAGGUCAUUUACUCCCCAGAUGAGAAGUUUGAAGUGGGCACAGCUAAGGUCGUCCGUCAGUCCGACAGUGACGAGGUGACGGUGAUCGGUGCGGGCGUGACUCUGCAUGAGGCCCUCACUGCUGCAGACACCCUGGCCAAGGAGGGAAAGAACAUACGCGUGAUCGACCCGUUCACCAUCAAGCCCCUGGAUGCCGCCACCAUCCUGGCCAGUGCCCGAGCCACCGGAGGAAGGAUCAUCACUGUGGAGGAUCAUUACAAAGAGGGUGGUCUUGGCGAGGCGGUUCUGGCGGCAGUCGGCGAGGAGCCCGGCAUCAUGGUGACCCGGCUGGCAGUGUCUGGCGUCCCCCGCAGUGGGAAACCCCAGGAGCUGCUGGACAUGUACGGCAUCAGCGCCAAGUUCAUCGUGAAGGCAGUGCAUCAGACCUUCGCCAAUUAGAAGGAAAUGUGGCCGCUCACCGCCCAGUCUCACUUCUCCUCAUCUUUCUCCGCAACUCUCUGUGCUCAGCUGUUCUGGCUCUGACCCCCGCAGAACUGUUAAAUGUUUUAGGCUUUAGUGCCACCUUGUGGCUGUAACUCUGACUGCAGUGUGUUCUGACUGAAGCGAUACAAGCCAACUUGCAGAGAGAAACGGGACAGGAGUGAUGGUGUCUAAAUCUUAUUUCAUAGAGCCAACACCCCCCCCCCCCACGUCUGUAAACCUGAAAACCCCCUACACGGGCUGUGUAGUUGGAUAGUUCGCUUCCCUGACCUCCCUGUUUGUAACCCAUGUUGUGUUGGACUGUUUUUGCCAGCAGCUCGUAUGCCUCGCAAAAUACUGUAACGUAAAGGGGUCUGGUUUGAAACCCGUACUGCCUCGCUAAGCAGUCCACCUCGCUCCUCUUCCGAUCCGCUAUGGACACCGUCUGUGUUUCCGUCAUUCCAUCUGCUGUGUCCUCACCAUGUCUGUGUCUCUUUAACAUGCGGCGUCAUCGCUCAACCGGCAUCGACGCCGGUCAGCUCCUCACACUGGCUUCUCCGCCACGGUCUUAACUGCGGUGGCGACUCUCGUUUUGUUGUGUGUGUGUGUGAUGUUUUGAGUCGUGGCAUUUUGUGUAACACCAGCGUUUUAGGAAGAGAGCCGUUUGUUUUUGACUGUCUGUAAUAACAUGAUUAACCAGCCGAACGAUGGCGCUGCGCCGCCGGUCUUCGGUUCCGAUGUCGGACCACACGAGCGUCACGGGGCCGCUGCUGCUGCUGUUGAGGCUUCCAAGCUCACCUGCGUCUUGUUUCCGUUGCUGUGAUAAAAUAAAAGUUGACCCAGCGUGA